UAGAGCUUCAGGGCCACAGAACAUCACACCCAGAAUGAGGGUUUUGCUCACUGUUGCCGCUCUUGUGGUCGUGGCUGGUGCAGCCAGGGUCUCUCUGGAGGAUGUAGAGUUCCAUACUUGGAAACUCAAGUUUGGUAAGAGUUAUGGUUCAGUGGAAGAAGAGUCUCAGCGUAAGAUGAUCUGGCUGGACAAUCGUAAGCUGAUCCUGGAGCACAACAUGCUGGCUGACCAGGGCCUCAAAAGCUACAGACUCGGCAUGAACCACUUUGCAGACAUGGACAACCUGGAGUACCAGGCCAUGUUCAAGGGUUGCCUGAGGUCUUUUAACGGGACCAAGGCUUACAAAACAACUACAUUCCUCCAAGAAGUAGGGGGUGCUGCUCUGCCUGGUAGCGUGGAUUGGAGGGAAAAGGGCGCCGUGACUGAGGUUAAGAACCAGUUUACCUGUGGCUCCUGUUGGGCCUUCAGUGCGACGGGGGCGCUAGAGGGUCAGAUGUUCAAGAAGACAGGGACACUGGUGUCCCUCAGUGAACAGCAGCUGGUUGACUGCUCUUUCGGUGUUGGAAACAAUGGCUGUGGAGGUGGACGGCCAUCAUGGGCUUUCCAUUAUGUGAUGCAGAGCGGAGGCCUGCAGACAGAGAAGUCCUAUCGUUAUGAGAACAAGGAAGGGAAGUGCAGGUUUGAUCCACUGAGAGCGUAUGCUACCUGCCUCAAGUAUAAGAGCUGGUUCCAUGGAGGUGAGGCUAAUCUGCAGUAUAUUGUCGCCUCAAUUGGACCUGUUUCUGUAGGCAUAGACACCAGCCGUCGCACUUUCCAGCUCUAUGAGUCAGGUGUGUAUGAUGAUCAGUACUGCAGUGAUAUUCACCUGAAUCACGCUGUCCUGGUUGUUGGUUACGGCACUGAAGAGGAACAGGAAUACUGGCUGGUCAAGAACAGCUGGGGUGUUACAUGGGGUGAAGGAGGCUACAUCAAGAUGUCCAGGAACAAGAAUAACCAGUGUGGUAUUGCCACAGAUGCUGUCUACCCUGAGGUUUAAAAGAUGGGAGAAUAUCAGAGCCUUAGUGAGUAUGUUAUAUCUGAGCAGCAGCUAUGGAACAUCAACACAUCAUGAACAGUUCUUUAAAAACUGUCUACAGUUGCUGAAUGUCUUUUUUUUACAUUUUUGUUUUCCACGUUUCAACUUUUAAAUUGAAAUCUUUUUAAAUUCUCUUCUCAAUCAUUUAUGAUA